ACCUCUUUUCCUGGUUGGACGCCUCACUUCAGAGAGAGCGCGAGGAGUUGGCGAUCCGUCACCAUGAGAUCCUCCAGGAGCUGCAUCAGCUCGUGCAGAGGAAUGAGGUUGAAGAGUGAGGCGACCAACCGAUGGACUCCGGAUGUGACAGACAAGAUGCCAGCAGACUCUGCGGAGGGAGUGAAACUGACUGAGAUGGAUCUGGCACAGGUCCAGAGGACGAAGUCGGACGAACCUUCUUCCAUUGGCCGCAAGAUGGCAGAGUUUCACGUGGUACGCGUGCAGGGCCAGACGAAGGUCUUGCGCGAUCCGGUGUCCGUGGAAGAUACCGAUGUGAAGAGACGGGACCACGCGAGCCGCUUCGAGCGGAUGGGUUCGGCGAGCUCUGGUGUACUCAAGGCGGAGACACCCAAAGGAAUUUUCAAGUUCGUCUUUGACCCGAUGUUUGAGACAGUCAUCUGUGUUCUCAUCGUGAUCAACUCCAUUGUGAUGUCGUUCGAAGCGCAACAUGCGGGCCUCAGGCUGGGCUACGACUUAGGCAUACGAACCUACAAUGCUCCUGGGACGGAGCUGUGGCCGGGUGCAGCUGACGUCUUCGUGGCUUCUGAGUGGUUUUUCGGACCGAUAUUUGCCGCGGAGCUGAUCUUGAAAGUCAUUGGCAUGAAGUGCGAGUUCCUGCGAGACUUCUGGAAUUAUUUCGACACCAUUAUGGUUGUUGCAUGGUUCGUCGACACCGUCUUCUCAGGACUUCUUCCCGUGGAUCCUAUGCUGCUGCGUCUUGCGCGGUUGGCCCGCCUCCUCCGCCUCAUGCGCUUGGUGAGGAAGCUGAAGGGGUUCGACGCUCUCUACAUACUUACCACCGCUCUCCGUGGCAGCGUGACAGUUCUUUUAUGGUCUUUCUUGAUGCUCUUCUUAUUGCAGCUGAUGUUUGCGCUCUUCUUGCAGAGGGUCGUCUCCGACUCGAUCGAGUCGAACAUCGCGAACCAGGUCUUGAUGGCUGAAAACAACGAGCUCUUCCUCUACUUUGGAACUUGCUCCAGGUGUUUGCUGACCAUGUUCGAGAUCACUCUUGGAAAUUGGCCUCCAGUGGCACGGCUUCUGCAGGACCAUGUGUCUGAAGCUUUCACCGCUUUCUCCAUUAUUCACAAGAUCACCAUCGGAUAUGCUCUGAUUGCGGUGAUCAACGGCGUGUUCCUCAAGGAAACCUUCCAGGCAGCAGACAAUGAUGACAAGAUCAUGAUGCGAAACACGGAGAAGAAGCGACACCAGCACAUCAAGAAGAUGAAGUCACUGUUUGAGGCAGCAGACGAGACAGGCGAUGGCGUCUUGGAUCAGGAGGAGUUCAUCCAAGUGAUGACCGAUCCGGAGAUCGUCAACUGGCUUGCCGCCAUGGACCUCCACAUCUCGGAUCCUAACAUGGUGUUCGACAUGGUGCAAGAAGAUGGAGGCAUCACAGCUGAGCAGCUUGUGAAGGGCGUCAGUCGGCUUAAAGGCUCUGCGAGGAGCACGGACCUACAUUUGCUGACGCUCGAUGUGAAGAAGCUCUUUUUCCUGGUCCAGGAUCU